UCCCUAGCAUGCGGACGGCGGCGGCGGGUGGCGCGCAGCGGCGUCCCCUGCAGCCGCGGGCCGGGACGGCGGCACCUGCCGGCCGAGCUUCGGAGCCAGCCCAGCGGGGUUGACGCGUUUCCCCGCCACGGGCCCGGGGAGAGUCUCUGCAGGAGAACGAGCGGCCCCUGAAACCACCCUGUACAUCCGUCGGAAACUGAUCUUCCCUGCCGGGUCUCUGCGGCCAGCGCAGCGGAGGAGACCCGUUUUGGAGACCUUUUGGUUGCGUCUGAAUUGAAAGCCGUGGCUGGACGCGAGCAUGCAUGCGUUAUGCGCUUUUAAUGUGGAAGCCACGCCAGGCUUUCGGAGCGCAUCUUGGAGGGGCCCUGAGAGGAGGGAGAAAGGCAGGUUCCUGCCCCUCCACCAGCUGAGUGACCUUGGCAGACACUCAUCCCCGUCGGUGGGUUCGAUCCCUGAUCUGUCCCGGGAGGCUUGACCUGCAGAUGGCCGAGAUCCCUUCCAGGCCCCCGGUUCUAUGGUUCUGACCACAAAAUAUGUGUCUACAAGUGAAGAAGGCCCUGCAAAAAGAUCCUGACUUGAAAGAUGAAUUUUAUCUCCUGUCUCAAUGCAUACAUGUGAACUUUGUUGAAUUAGGUAUGGUUCAUUUAAAGUGAAAAAUGGUUUUAUGGUGCUGCACUUCGUCCGGCACCCGUGGGUUACCCGCUCCUUGGGCCAAACACCCGCUGGUGUUGAGUGAGCCUUCUGCUUGGCUUGUGACUGCUAAUCAUCUUCUGCAGGAGGAAGGCCGCCCUGAAACUGAAACUGUGAGAGACAAAUCUGUUUCUGUUGAAGGGGCACAGACUUCAGUAGAGUGAGGACAGUUUCUGAGUAUACUUGUAUAAUCCUGAAAGCUUGACAGCUCAGAGGAAUGUCGAACACUUCUGAUUACAGCGCCGGAGAUCACCUGAAUUCCAGCCGUGUGCUUGGAAAGCGAGAAGCUAAUAGGAACUGAGAGUGCUCAAUGCCAGCUGAGUGCGGGAAACUGAGAAGCGACUGCUCCAGACCUACCCUGCAAUGGUGCAUCCGAGCCCAAAGCAAGAUGAGGAGACCCAGCUUGUUGCUAAAAGACAUUCUCAAAUGUAUGUUGCUUGUCUUUGGAGUGUGGAUCCUUUAUAUCCUCAAGUUGAAUUAUGUUACUGAAGAAUGCGACAUGAAAAAACUGCACCAUGUCGACCCUGACCGGGUAAAGAGAGCUCAGAAGUUUGCUCAGCAAGUCUUGCAGCAGGAGUGUCGGCCCGGCUUUGCCAAGACGUCGAUGGCGCGGCUGUUCGAGCACAAGUACAGCGCGGGCUUGCAGCCCUUUGUGGAGAAGACUGCCCCGGGGAAGGGAGCUGAGUACAAGUACGACCCUCCUUUUGGAUUCCGGAGGUUCUCCAGUAAAAUCCAGAGCCUCCUGGAAAUCCUGCCCGAGCACGGCUUUCCCAGCCACCUGAAAGCGAAGCGCUGUCGGCGCUGCGUGGUCAUCGGAAGCGGUGGCAUCCUUCACGGGCUGGGCCUGGGCGCCGCCCUGAACCACUAUGACGUCGUGAUAAGGUUAAACAGUGCACCCGUGCAGGGGUACUCGGAGCACGUGGGAAAUAAAACCACCAUAAGGAUGACGUACCCAGAGGGUGCCCCGCUGUCUGACCUUGAAUAUUACUCCAACGACCUGUUCGUUGCUGUCUUAUUUAAGAGCGUUGACUUCAACUGGCUUCAAGCAAUGGUGAAAAAUGAAACCCUGCCAUUUUGGGUGAGGCUGUUCUUCUGGAAGCAGGUGGUGGAAAAAAUCCCACUACAGCCAAAACACUUCAGGAUUUUGAACCCAGUCAUCAUCCAGGAGACUGCCUUCGACAUCCUCCAGUACUCUGAGCCCCGGUCCAGGUUCUGGGGCCGAGAUAAGAACAUCCCCACGAUUGGCGUCAUCGCCGUCGUCUUAGCCACACACCUAUGUGACGAGGUCAGCCUGGCGGGGUUCGGCUAUGACCUCACUCAACCCAGAACACCCCUGCAUUACUUUGACAACCUCUGCAUGGCCGCCAUGAACUUGCAAACCAUGCACAACGUGACCACAGAAACCGGCUUCCUCACCACGCUCAUCAGAGAGGGCGUGGUGAGGGACCUCAGUGGGGGCGUCCACUGUGAAUUCUGAGCCCAGGAAACCUCACUUGCAGCUGCAACCGUGACUCGGGGGGCUGCGGCAACCACCUUUCCUGACAUAUUUUGUCCUGCAAAGACUGGGAAGUGCAGCUGAUGUUUUUAACUUUUCAUUUUUUUUUUAAAAGUAUAGUUCUUCCCACUUUUCUUUUUUUUUUUUUCCUAUUUAUUUGAGGUCCAUGUUCGUUUGUGCACGUUCUGUCGUAAGUUAAUUUUGAGAACUGACUUGAGUUGGAAAGACUUUUCUGUGAGAAUUUUAUGUAAUGAUGUUUUAUUGUAUUUUAAGACUAAUUUACUUUGGAGGAACUCGGUUCACGUACUGCACGUAGAAUACCAGGUCAUCGAGUGGAAAGAGAGGGAAAGCUGUUCCUUGGAUGACAGCCCCGAAAGCCUGGUUUGGGGUCUCUGUCACCGUGUUUGGUGGGACAGAGCCAGGAGCACUUCCAGGGCGACAUGCACAGGAGUUGGACCACACUGAUCCAGCAAGGCUGCUGCACGAGCUUCCGGUCCUUCUUCCUGGGAGCCGUCCUGGAGUUCCCCAGUCCGGCGGGAUACAGAAGACAUUGUCCGUGUCCUCUGAGAGCUGCAGAGCCACCCCAGGCUGCAGGAGCCACCUUCAUCCCAGCGAUUACAACAGCUCUUGAAUUCCUCAAGUUUCCUACUGCCCUUCCAGAGCACUUAGUGUCCCAUCUAAGGUGUUCCAUUGUCUAUCCGAGAUGGCUUACAAAAAUUAGGGUAAAACCUCUGGUAUCCAGAGUCAGGGGACGAUAACUCUGUCCGAUAAUAAUCACCUUUUCUGAAACACUGCAAGGAAAUCCUCCACAUGUUUAACAUUGUCUAUUUAAAAAAAAAAAUUUUUUUAAUGCCUACUGACAGUGUGUGCUGGGCACUGUACUGGUGAGGAAAAGAAUAAAAGGUUUUGAGACA